AUGGUCCCAAACGAAGCCCAUCAAUACAUGGGAAUUAUCAAAAUGCUUCAGCAUUUCGGAUGGACGUGGGUUGGGCUCUUUGCUGUGGAUGAUGACAGUGGAGACCAUUUCUUGCAAGCCCUGGAAUUAUUAUUUUCCCAGCAUGGGAUCUGUUGGGCAUUCACAGAAAGAAUCCCAAACCAAGUCAAUUGGGAUACGUUGGAUGACCUCAAUCAUUUUAUGUCAAAUCUAUAUCUGCCUUUCAGCGAUAACAAAGUCAGUACAUUUAUCCUGUAUGGAGAAUCAAGGACAAUAAUAUCUUUGAAUGGUAUUAUGUUUCUAGCAGAUCCUUUCUAUAAAGAAAAUACAUCAUUGAGGAAGGUGUGGAUUAUGACAGCCCAAGCUGAAUUUGCAUUAACAGGUCUUCAGCGAGCCUGGGAUUUCCAGUUCUUCCAAGGGGCAAUUUCCUUCAGAAUUCACUCAAAUGAGAUCUUAGGGUUCCACAACUUUCUUAAGAAAAUUAAACCACACCGGGAAAAAAGAAAUGGUUUUCUUAAAGAAUUUUGGGAACAAGCAUUCUGCUGUUCAUUUCCAGAUCUCCAAGGUCCGGUGAAGGACAAUGCAUUAUGUAUCGGGGAAGAGAGCCUAGAGAAUCUUCCAGGGCAUAUUUUUGAAAUGAGCAUGACUGGCCAUAGCUACAGCAUCUACAAUGCUGUUUAUGCGAUAGCACAUGCUUUGCAAGCCAUGUACACAUCUAUGUCCAACCUAAAAGAAAAAUCAUGGGGCAAAAGACUGGAAUUUCAAAAUCUCCAGCCAUGGCAGCUCCACUCAUUUCUUCAAGGCAUUUCAUUUAACAACUCAGCAGGAGAAACGGUAUCUUUUAAUGAUCACAGGGAAAUGGGAGAUGGAUUUGAUAUCAUGAACCUGGUCACAUUUCCAAACAAGACUUUUGUUAGAGUGAAAGUCGGAAGCGUGAAUUCCAAUGCUCCUGAAGACAAAGCAUUCCUCUUUCAUGAAGACAGAAUUGUGUGGCAAACAUGUUUUAACCAGGGGCUGCUCAUUUCUGUGUGCAAUGACUACUGCCGUCCUGGUUAUCAGAAGAAAAGGAAGGAAGGGGAGAAGUUUUGUUGCUACGAUUGUGAUCCUUGCCCAGAAGGGAAGAUUUCAAACCACCGAGACAUGGUGGAUUGUAUCAAAUGCCCACAAGAUCAGUAUUCAAACAAAGACAAAGAUGGAUGCAUUCCCAAAAAUAUAAUCUUCCUAUCAUUUGAAGAACCUUUAGGGAUCAGUUUCGCUUUGCUUGCUGUUUCUUUUUCCCUGAUCACAGCCUUAGUGCUAGGAAUUUUUAUUCAGAACAAAGAUACUCCAAUAGUCAAAGCCAACAACAGAGAUAUCACCUACACUCUCCUGGUUUCCCUCCUGUUCUGCUUCCUCUGUUCUUUGCUGUUCCUUGGAGAACCAAGCAAGGGGACCUGCUUCAUCCGACAAUCAACUUUUGCUAUCAUCUUCUCUGUGGCUGUUUCAUGUGUGUUAGCCAAAACCAUCACUGUGCUCCUAGCUUUUAUAGCCACCAAACCAGGAUAUAGCAUAAGGAAGUGGGUGGGGAAAAAACUAGCCAACUCCAUUGUCCUUUCCUGCUCCCUAAUGCAAGCUGGCAUCUGUUUGAUGUGGCUGGGAACCUCUCCUCCGUUCCCAGAUUUGGACAUGCAUUGCAUGGCUGAAAAGAUUGUAGCAGAAUGUAAUGAAGGGUCUGUUGUCAUGUUCUAUAUCGUCCUGGGCUACAUGGGACUUCUGUCCCUCAUGAGCUUGACUGUGGCUUUCCUAGCGAGGAAAUUGCCAGACAGCUUCAACGAAGCCAAGUUCAUCACCUUCAGCAUGCUAGUUUUUUGCAGUGUUUGGUUGUCUUUUGUUCCAACCUACCUGAGCACCAAAGGAAAAUACAUGGUAGCCGUGGAGAUCUUCUCUAUCUUGGCUUCCAGUGCUGGACUACUGGGUUGUAUCUUCUCCCCCAAAUGUUACCUUAUUGUUUUCAGGCCUGAGUUGAACAAGAGGGAGCAGCUAAUAAGGCGCUAG